AUGGCAAAAUACAACAUUGUGCCCGUCAACCACCAGGAGUGGUCAAACCCGCUUACUCUCACCUCGAUCAAUAAUGUCGAUGUCCUUGGCGUACCGCUCUCCUCUGAACCUUCUUUAUCGCCUUAUUCCUUCAAGUCCGCUAUGUCACGUGUUGCACUCCCAUCCACCCACUUAAAACGUGCAACUGUUAGUUUUCGACCGACCCAAGGCUAUACCUGUAACUGGGAUCAAGCUGGAUUUCUUUUUGUGCGCCCAAAGCCAGACCUUCCUGAACCUUCGGCAGAGCAACCGGGUACUUCAAGCACUGCACCUUCAUUUAUCAAGAUUGGAAUUGAGCUUUGGGAGGGCAAAAUUUAUCAUAUGAUCUGCUCUAGUCACGAAGGUCUAACUGACUGGAGCUUACAUGCAAUUCCUGAAGCCUAUGAACAAGAAAGGGAUAUUACAAUGGAAAUCUCGAGAUUUGGUGACCGUCUUGCCAUUCACGCCAUCUACGGACAAGGACCUCAAUCUGUGAAGAGAAUGAUCCGUGUUGUUCCGUGGUGUUUCGUGAACGAGACCAAGGAUGAUCCAGAUAUCUGGGUAGCAGUCUAUGUUUCAAGGCCGGACGCUGCAAGGACCACAACUGAGCCUCUUGUCGUGCACUUCCACGACUUUCAGAUCGAGGACUUGGAUGGCGUGACCCAGAUUGAUGGGUGA